AUGCCUCCGAACGCCAACCAACGCCCGAGCGGUCCUUUCACCCACAACUCACACGCAUACGGCGGUCAAUAUGACGGAGCGAGCAGCAGUGUAGACGGAACUCGGGAGGCUGUUAUAGGGAGUAACUCGAGACAUCAUUCACAGGGAGUCGUUGCGUCACAUUUCCUGGCACAAGACCGCGAAACGUGGAUGGACUUCCUGAGAGACGGUACCGAGACCACAGGCAACCACCAACCACCGUCUGGCAAUUUCAACCCCACUGCAACCCCCGACACCCGCUCAAACCCUUCUUCCUCACGAUAUACACUCCCAAAUCGUCCCUCACAACGUACCGAUUCGUCGUCUUCCCGCAGCUCCGACCGCAAAAGACGCCUAACAACUGCCGACUCGCCUAUGAGACGACCAUCGAGCAUACGCAUGCACUCUGAGAACGCAGGGGAUUCGAGUACGGAUCCGAUCGUGUUGGACUCGUCACCUGCUUCGAAUAGACCGCUACCACCCACCCCAACCAUGGGGGUCACAUCACAAGCGAAUACAGGGACAACGAGGCAGAGUGAUAUCGUAUUGCCACCAUGGCAGCCGGACAGCGAGGUCUCGCAGUGUCCGGUGUGCAAGAAGCCCUUUACAUUUCUACUGAGGAGACAUCACUGCAGGAAAUGUGGAAGAGUCGUGUGCGCUUCAUGCUCGCCACACCGCAUUACCAUCCCACGCCAAUUCAUUGUGCAUCCGCCGUCUGAAAGUACGGCAAACUUCAUCGAUCUGACAGGAGACGAUGAGAACGCCAUGUCGCCUUUCGGCCCGUUCCGCAACCCAGCGCUAGGCGGAGGCGAGGAAGUCCGCGUUUGCAACCCUUGUGUACCUGACCCAAACUUUAGUCCACCGCCACGAUACGACUCACUCGGUCAUGGGUCCCGGCCGUUCCCUCCCCGGUCUUCACAGGUCCUACCCCCACCGCCGCCACAUCCCCGUGCACACAGAUCAUCUUCAAGCGUACAUGAUACUUCGCGCUUUGCGGGACAAGGGCAGACACAUAAUUCACGUGACCCCUCAAAUGAGAGCAACCAAAGUAGAAGAGUAAGCUAUCAUGGUAGUUCGAACAUUGGAGAGCGACGACUACCACCUCUUCCACCAUCUGCCAUCCAACAACAGCACCCGCACCACCGCGCCCCCCUCAUCUCCCAAACCAUAGCCAACAACCGCGCCCGGCAAGCACAAAACCACGUAAACUUCGGCUACGGAUCUUUCUCGGGAGCAAUUCCCUUCGCACAAUCGACCUCAACUCCUGUGCCUCCUCCUCUCCAACCCCAACAUGCACAACGUCCGCGUCCCCGCCGCCAAAUCCCUGAAGAAGACGAAUGUCCCAUAUGCGGCGAGGAACUCCCACCAAAAGGACCUGAUAACGAUGAUUCAGACCGUACCCAGCAUAUCGAAGAAUGUAUCGCCCUUCACUCUGCUUCGCCGGGUCCCACAGCAGCUCUCACACGACAAACUUCCGCUAGUCUACCGACUCAGCGUACGAGAGGUAUGAGCAGUGCAGGUGCGGGUAAUUCAGGGAACGGCGAGGGAGCGAGUAAUCUGCAGAGUCGAAUGAGUCAUGCGGCAAGGGGCAUGUUCCCUUAUGUUGCGACGGAGAAGGAUUGUCAAGAUGAGGAGGGGAGGGUGGCCGAGUGUACGAUUUGUCUCGAGGAUUUUGAGAGCGGGGAUAAGAUGGCUAGGUUGGUUUGUUGGUGUAAGUUUCAUGAGACUUGUAUCAAGGAGUGGUGGGAUAAGAAAGGACGAGGAGCUUGUCCUACGCAUCAGUUGCAGGAGUAG